CUUAUAUUCAUUAAUCUCAAUUACAAUUCCAUGAUUUCUAAUCCUCUAAAUCAAUGACAAUCAAAUUUGAUCAUGAUUAUGCAAUUAAAAUUAAAAUAAAAUAAAAAUAUAUAUAUGAAGAAGCUCAUGGCAUUAGGUGAACAGGGUAGAACCUGCAUGUCAUCCACAAGAGACCUCUUCUUGGGCUUGACUGUGUCUUCUACUACUUUCACUAACCCUUUUAGUACAACAACAACUACUACGACCUCUCUCUCUCUUUCUCUCCAAGCAACUACUAUAUAUAUAUAUAUAUAUAUAUGUGGGCAACUUAUAUAAGUAAAAUUAACUUAGCAGAAAGUUUAUUAUAGGCCACAAAAUGGCAUUGUUCUUCCUAACUUUCUAUUUACUGAUGCUAAAGAUUUCAGUUAGUUGGUCAGCAGAGGCAGAAGUGACAAACACAUUGAACAAAGCAUGCAUCGAUGGUGGGAGCUUCCUUCUGAGGAUCGGGGCAUACAGAGACAGCUGCCCGGAGGCAGAAACCAUUAUCUUCUCAUGGGUGGAAAGGGCUGUCACUGAGGACCCUAGAAUGCCUGCUUCACUGCUUCGUCUCCAUUUCCAUGAUUGCUUUGUCAAUGGAUGUGAUGCAUCAGUGUUGUUGGAUGACACACCAAAUUUUGUAGGCGAAAAAACUGCAGCACCAAACCUGAAUUCACUGAGAGGGUUCGAAAUGAUCGAUGCAAUUAAAUCUGAUCUUGAAUCUGUUUGUCCUGAGACUGUCUCUUGUGCUGAUAUACUCGCUAUUGUAGCCAGAGACUCGGUUGUUCUGUCAGGAGGGCCAGUUUGGGAAGUCCAGAUGGGGAGGAGAGACAGCUUGACUGCUAGCAAAGCAGCAGCAAACAACAACAUUCCAGGGCCUAAUUCCGACGUAGCCACACUAGUGGCCAAGUUCCAAAAUGUUGGCCUUACACUUAGUGACAUGGUCACCCUCUCAGGGGCGCACACGAUGGGAAAAGCUCGAUGCUCCACUUUCAGCUCUAGGCUGAAUGGUAACAGCAACUCAAACAGCCCAGACAUCAAUGUGGACUUCCUGCAGUCACUCCAGCAGCUAUGUGCAGAACCAAACAGCAACACAACACUAGCACAUCUUGAUCUUGUGACCCCAUCCACGUUCGAUAACCAGUACUAUGUUAACCUAAUUUCUGGGGAGGGAUUACUCGUUUCUGACCAGGCCCUUGUCACUGGAGAUGACCAAACACGAGGAAUCGUCCAAUCUUACGCAGAUGAUCCAACAACUUUCUUUGAGGAGUUUACAAAGUCUAUGCUGAAAAUGGGAAGUUUGGGACCGCUGACUGGAGAGAACGGUCAAAUCCGCAAAAACUGUAGGAUUAUCAAUCAGUUUUAGCUCUUUGAAGACAUCUGGAAGCUUAAUUUCU